ACACCCCUUAAAUCACAAUGCCACCAAAACCCAAUCCCAAACAAAUCUCUAAUCCCAAAACCAGCUUCUUCAAGCCUGGCUCAACCGUCGAGGUCAGUUCGGACGAGCCCGGCUUCAGUGGAUCAUUCUACUUGGGCACCAUUGUAUGCCCAUCUGGGUCUGACUCAUUCUUGGUCCAGUACAAAACCCUUGUGACCGACUCCUCUGAAGGGUCCAAACCCUUGAGGGAAGUGGUGCCUCUUCCUCAGCUGCGACCCCCACCUCCAUCGACGGCCAAAUGGGAUUUCAGAGUGGGCGAUGAGGUCGAAGCAAAUUACAAUGAUGGGUGGUGGGAAGGCGUGGUGACCGACGUUUUGGGAAACGGGAAGUUUUCCGUCUUCUUUCGAGCUUCUGAGGAUCAGAUUGAGUUUUCCAAGGAGGAUUUGAGGCUUCACUUCAAAUGGGUCAAUGGAAAAUGGGUUCCACCAGUUGAAGACAAUGAAAAUGAAGAGGGAAAGAAAGUUCCAACAGCAAAAGAGUGUGGCAAAGAAACUAGAGAAGAGAUGUUUAGCAAGGGGACUGUGGUUGAGGUAAGCAGUGAUGAAGAUGGUUUUCGAGGUGCUUGGUUUAUAGCAACUGUAUUGGAAGCUGCAGGGAACGACAAGUUCCUUGUCGAGUACCAAAGCUUGACAACAGAUGAUGAUUCAGAGUUUGUGAAGGAAGAAAUAGAUAUACUGCACAUAAGACCUUGUCCACCAGAGGAGAUUGUUGUUGAUAGCUUCAAUUUGCUUGAUGAAGUUGAUGCUUUGUACAAUGAUGGCUGGUGGUUGGGUGUGAUCUCAAAGGUUCUUAGUGGCUCAAGGUAUAUAGUAUACUUCAGGGGUACUGAGGAGGAGCUUGAAUUUCAUCAUUCUGAGUUGAGACUACACCAGGACUGGAUUGGUGGCAAAUGGGUUAUGGCUUCUCGGGCUUUUUAAGUUGUGAUUGCAGGAGAAAGUGAACUGAGAGAUUUGGUAGAGUUUGUCUCUUAGACAACCCGAUAUGGAAAACAGCUAAUGAUCAUCGUUAAUUUUUUUGUACCAUAACUAGAGCUCUUUGGAUGUAAAUUCUACAUUUCUACUGCUUUUUUUAUUUUUUUUUAACGCACAGUAUAACUUGGCCACUUAUUGUACGGAUCAUAUUGGAGACCAGAAUUAGAUACAGAUGAUUUUAUCUUCUAAAUUAUUCCAAGAUAA